AUGACGGGAGUCCACAUUGAACGGACCCGGCCUCACAAACGAAAGCGAACUGUCAUUUCCUGUACCGAGUGCCAUCGGCGUAAGCAGAAAUGCGAUCGCCAGGAUCCCUGCUGUAACUGCAUCAAGCGAGGAAAACAGGAUCUUUGCCGCUAUGAUGCUGAACCGACGCGUUACGAGACCACUCCAGGUAAUCUGAGCGCCAGUGAGCGCUCGGAGUUCAGUUUCAGUGAAAAGUCGCCCGAAAGGCGUCUCUCGACGCUCCCCAACUCACCAUGGACGAGCGAACUUCAAGACAAGAUCAGUGAUUUCGGGUAUUCUAACCAAGGCAGUCACAAUUCAUUCAGCUUGCUACGAACUUCAGAGCUAUACUCAGGCCAGCAAAACCCGUCCGAUAUCGCCAGUGCCAAAGAUCAGCCCCUCUACGAACAGGGUGUUGACCGGAGGUACAGGGAAUUGGUCCGCCUGUUGCCCUCGCAGCCCUGCGUCGAUAUUCUAGUGGGAACCUUUUUCUCCGAUGUCAACUGGCAGUAUGAUAUGCUGCACGAGGGGCUGUUCCAUGAGCAGUUGAAUCAAUGGAGGAACGUCUCCUACUCUGACCUCCAGGCCGGCUUGGCGGUGUUACCGGCAGCGACUCUGGUGGUUCCGGCGCUUUUGUUUCAAGUCCUCGCGCAGGCGCUCCUCUUCCACCCACCCCAUGACCAGAGAAUCCACCACCUGGUCCCCAUGGCCGGCAUGACCUUUCAGGACCUCGCGGCUGAAUACAGCGACGCGGGGGCCGAUAUCCUGGAGCUUCUAGGGAAGAGAAAUCUCACAAUCGCUACUGUACAAGCUGGUCUACUACGAGCGGCAUGUUUAAAAAGUCGCGGUCAGGUUGUUGAAGCAUGGCAUGCUCUCGGGGCAACAAUCCGUGAUGCACAGGAGAUUGGUCUUCAUACCGGGCAGGCCUUGUACGGAGAUUCUUCGAUUCCACCAGGAGAAGGUAGGAUAGCACUCAGCGCAAUUGGCCACAAGAUUUGGGUGGUCCUGCAUAUCUGGGACGUUCAUAUGGCUGUCGUGCUCAGUCGACCUAUCGCCACUGAGUUGCAGAUAGAUCGCUUCGCUCGUACGAUAGCAGAUGAUGAGACGCGACGCUACCUGUUCGCACAUUGGCAGACUGAGACGGAACCUCCGCGACCAUUCGACGUCAUCCUGGCCGGUUAUAAUGUGGCAUAUCGAUAUUUUCAGGACAUUCGUCAACUUGAACAAAACGGUGCUCGUUGGCAGGACUACACGACUGUUGACCGAAUUCACGCCGCAAUCAUGAAGAAUCUGAAAAGUUUACCUUCCUGGUGUCGGCUUGUCGACCCAAGCACAAAGUUUGAUUCAAUACCUGGGUGCCAAUGGUUACCUAUGGCCCGAGAGGGGCUGUCCUCGCUCAUCCACCUCGUUCUCCUCACUCUUCACCGACCAUUCAUAUUUUCUGUUGAAGCCAGCAGGACGGAGGCGCUCAAGGCUGGAAUCGCGAUCCUUCAGGGUCAGGACCGACUCUUCCAAAACAUCGACCCUUACCAAUGCAGAGUGUUUAACCCGGUCUAUGCUUCCUUUGAUGCGAUCGUCCUGAUCUCUGCUAUCUGUAUUGCUUUUCCGGAUCAUAUCCAGGAGUCCCGGACAGAGUGUAUCGGGGUUGUGCAACGCGGAGUUGAUCGUCUCGGUGCCAUCGGACAGUCAAAUGACAUGGCUAAAUCAGCACACGGCGUUGUAUCGAGCUUAUACCGCCGGAUGAAACAUCGACUCGGCAUUUCCAACACUGCUGAGAACACUGGAUAUUUUGUCAGCGACUCGGACUUGAUAUCAUCCGACAACGAUCCAACCCUAUUGAAUGAUCCCACGCCAGAGCCUUCAUUCGAUACUAUUCCGCCCCCUCGCCCGACCUACGAUUUGUUUUAUGACCAUCUAUCCAGUGCACCGAUGCCUUAUGUGGACCCUCAACCCACCUUACCUUUGAACACGUCCAAUAUGAACGGCAUGCCAACUUGGAACUUUGAGGGCAUAUUCCCGGAAGAUAGUUUCUGGAGUGUUAUGAACGAACUGAAUGAAUGA